AUGGGUGUUGACACCCGAAAACCAAUUCUCCCAGCACCCACAGAUUCUACGUUCCUCGACACCACUGGUGGCAGCGGUACGGGCACCGGCACCGGCACUGACAUCGCCACCGACCUGUCCCGUCGCACGGACAAAACCUCCUACUCCAUCCCAGACGACGGCAGCCCCAUCACCAUCAACACCCGCCGCAAGUCCCAGCCUCGUGAUCGUGACGAGAACAAGGUAUCGCGCUCCGGCCACAACUCACACACCUCGCUUCUCAUCGAGUAUUUUGAAGGUGGGAAGAAAACCGGCAACGUCAGCUCGCGACCCAGCGUCCGUGUCAGGGUAACGCCGUCCUCGUCACGCAGGAACAAGGAACGAGACGACCACGUCCACAUCACCGAAAGCUCAUCGGGCCGCAAGCCGUCGUAUACCCGCCGCAUCUCACUAGGAACCCCUACCCGGACAAAGGAGCUGACAGAAGGUCCAGCAGACGACAGUUCGUUCUCUGGCGCCGAUGACACCCCCACCACUCGCCAACCACCGUUAGAGAUUGAGUUUAUGGACCAGAAUAGCGCCGUUUCCUCGCGAUAUAUACAGCCUACCUCGGAGAUUUCGUCGAUGCCCCCUGAAAGUUUGAUGGAAAGUACAAUGGGCCGAUCGGAUAUCCAACGCCGCAGACGCCAUAGCUAUAGCGAUGAGGAAGACCUCCCGCAAGAUGACAACCUUCUGAAGACGCCGUCUCGUAGGAGAAGUCGCAGCCUAAGUCGGGAAAGAAUCGCACAAAAAGCCGCUGAAAAGCUAAGCAGCGUGCCCAGAGGUCAUAUUUCGCGUCCGAAACAGAGACUGAGCGAAAGAGCCCAGAGUCGAGACAUCGCCAACGAUGUGUUUGAAUCGGACCCAAAGGCCAGAAACCGGCCAGGAAAGCAUCGGGAUAAGGACUUCAUGAGCCCCGAAUCCAGUUUGUUGAGUAAUUCAGCUCUCUCGCACAACAAGGGCGGCGAUCAAUAUUCCUUCCGGUCAGGCACCUCUCGCUCAUCACUGAAUAACCCAAAGCUGCUGGAGACCGUAGAGGAUGCGAUUCGGCGACUUAUUCUUCCUGAAUUAAAAGAGUUGAAAAAAGACCAAAAAGUGCAAUCGAACCGUACGAAAUUCGAACGCGAGACAAGCGGGUCGCACGCGUCAGGCAGUAUCGGGUCGAAAGACGAGUUGACGAGACGGCUUUCAAAGCAUGCUAGCGCCCCCGAUGAGCCAGGAGUGCAGCGAAAGAAAAGUAAAGGUCUUCGCGACGCCGAAGCGGCGAAGAUCGUUGGAACUGCUCUUACCGCAGCUGCUUUAAAGCAUCAUGAUUCCACCUCAACUUUGGGGAGCAGAAAGGAACGGAGGAGGAGGCGCAGUGGAAGCGGAAGUAUCGGUAUUAAUGAAACAGAGCUUAUUUUUGAGAAACACGAAGUGCCGCCUAUGCCGCAUUUGCGGAGCGAAUUGGAAUCGCAAGUCACCCGGCAGUCUAUUCAGUCCCAGCACUCCGACGCUACUGCUGGCCCCGUGCAUGGAGAAGUUACUCGUGGGACUAUCCGGGAACAAGGGUCACCGGUGACCAAGGACUUUAAUGUUAGCCCACAAGCUUCGAAAAAGUGCCUGAAAUCUUCUCGAAGCAACCUAUCGAAUCCUCCACUCAACAGUGAUGAGAUACAGGAAGAGUUAGUUCACGAACGGGAAGCUUCUCCGGGCGCCGACGUUCCAGAAGUUAAUGUCGAUGCUCCCUACCCUCUUGAAAAAGGCGACCACCAUCAUAGCGAAUACUUGUAUCGACGUGCUCUUAGUCCAAUCCAGAGUGUUGCGAGCUAUCAAGAGGAGCAAGAAGAAAAUGAAGCGCACGGCGACGCUUAUCAGCAGGCCGCUCUAUCCCACGGUGACCAUCGGUUAUCGAUUGACUCUCUCUCUUCAGCACCCAGUACGGACUUGGCCAGAUCAAACCGAACCACGGACCGCAGCAGCGAGAGACGAAGGGCGAUAAGCAUCAACAAUGAAUCCGGGGUGGAACUUGGAUAUGGAGAUUCACCCAAAUAUCCACCAAGCGGCGAGUGGCCAGAGAGCCAGCACGAAGAAUACGAUGAGAAUCGCCGGAGUGUAGCGGAGGAGAGUCAAUUAGGGAGCGUUGAUGAAAAACGAACGACCAUGUAUACCGAUGAGAACUUUGAUGAUCCGCUUGACCCUGGCCAGCAGGUCGCGAGAGGUAUCGGUGCCAAUGCACAAUAUAUCCACACGCCAAUCGGUGUUGAGUCCGCUGUGGCAUCUCUUCUUGACCCAUCCGUUGUAGAUGGGGGGUCAAAUCGCUCGCCUACCGUCGAGUCACCCAUGCGACCUCGAAGCUGGGGUUCUGAUUCGGUCAGAGAGUUAACCCGCGAUGUUACUGUCAGUCGAAAGGGUAGUCCGCUCAAGCAGCAAGUAGAUCUUCCUACCGAAUAUGCCGAGACAUCGUUCCAGAAACGUAUGGGAGCCAGCUCACCGCCACAAAGCGUCGCAAACUCCACAGACGAAGAGGAUAGGCCAUACUUGGGUGCGACCGGUCUCCCAACGGCGGGCAGUCCCAUUCCAGAGAUCGGCCAUAUUCCAGAGUCGGAAGAAUCAGAGAUCAAUACGAACCCGUCGAUCAUCCAAGGCCCCAUCGGCGGUGUUCCCCAUGAUGGUCGUGACCAUUGGCCAUUUGGCCCUACCCCACCAGAAGUUCAAAGAGAAUUGAUCGCUAAUGCAAAUCAAUACAACGGUACCCUCGACCCUAGCCCUAUGCUCAUGGGUAGAGAUAGCCCCGCGGGUUUGGGGGUUUUCACCAAAGACCAUGCCCCUAUGAAUCAGUCUUAUUACCACCCGCCAGACGUAUUACCUAAUGGUCGUGUCGAUGUGAUUUCUCCUGGAGGAGGUAAGGAUGAGGGCUAUAUUUCGGGAGCGAACCAUAGGUCUGCGAGCACCGUAACCCCGGAGCCGAAAGGGAAAGGUGGUCUAGGGGCACUGGAGGAUAUACCUUUCAGCAGCCCGAUGGAUGAUGAAGAUCCUUACACGCAUAAAAGGCAUUUGAGUGGGUAUUCUCACGGCAUCGCGUCUCCGCUGUAUGAUAGUGCAACGGGUCGUGGGAUUGAUAGGAUUCAGUCGAAGGAUAUUGUUGCGCUUAUGGACCAUUUGACUGUUCGAGACGCCCAAAGAAAUGCACGAGAUACGGAGAUACUGGUGACUCUCGUUCGUAGUGCUGCAGAGAUACGCAACUCUUUUGAGGAUAUGAAGAAAUUCAUCGAGACACAGGAUGAGAAGCUGUUAGAUACGACUGAAAAACACCACGGUCAAACUCAGCGACUGCUCAAUGGACCUAGGCCACAGCCACCACGGACCCCUCGACGGUUGUCAGAGGAUGACGAUGACACACCCACGAAGAAAAAGAACGUGUUUAAACGAGCGUUGAAGGGGUUGGGUUUGAAAAGCUCGAACGACUUGACUCACAUUGAAGACAUGCUUCUGCAUCUACUCGCUGAAGUGGAGGCUUUGCGAGCUGAUCAACGAGGAAACACGAUGACGGAAACUCGUCAGUCGAUGGACAACCCCCGUGGAUCUUUGGACGGCUACGGCUCACAAGGCCAGCCUACAAACGGGUCGAUUCAUCAUUCGUCGAAAUUUUCGAAUUCUCCGCGUUCUACGGGAGAUUUGAAGCAGUUGUCUGCGCAGCGCGAGGCUGAACGUCGCAUAAGUCCGGUGAUUGAAGAUAAUGAGGAUCCGUUGACACCCCAGGAAGAAGAGCUGCUUGACCCUCAGAUGAGCACGGAUGCGCAUUUCAUCGGGCGCCACAAGCGAGGGGACUCGGUUCCGGUCACUACUCCUGAACGCGCAGCCGUAGCAAGCGGGGCUCUGAGCACUGAUACCACGCCCAAGAUGUCCACGGACAAGUCUCGGAAGCAUAAAUCAAGCAGCUCUUCCUUUUUUCCCAAAGUAUCUCGUUGGUCCAAGACAACCGCCUCAUCGAUGGGCGAAAACAUCAAAAAUAGUAUGCAACUAGGCCGCAAAGAACGUCCGUACUCAGAAAUGUCCCGUUCCGGAUCUGAUUUGAAUUUGGGUGGAUAUACCGGGAAUGACUACUACGACCCUCAGGGCGACGACCGACUUCGCUCAAAUGCCAGUUUAGAUCGAGAGAACAGGCAGGAAAACCGGCCUCCGUCUCCGCUCGUUCCAUCGCAAGUCUCUGAGCAUCCGAAAUACCGUGCUCAUCGGGAUAGUUUAAACCUUCAACAUCCGCAACCGCGACCAGGAGCACGAUACCAGACGCAUCUUGAAUCUGAAGCUCAAAAUUAUACACACAUGGAGUCGCCGGCCAUGGAUCCUUGGUCAUCUACGCAUAGUCUCGGCGGCGAGUAUCAGCAUCAGACGCAGUCUAACGCAGGACGUCGUUCGCCGUUUUCUGAUGGAGGGUACUCAGCCGCUUCAUCUAUCACUAGACGACAGAAUGGGCCUCCUCGACCGCCCAAGAUCAAAGACGAGGGACCCUUGAUUCCACAACGGCCCGCGAGCAUCAAAGACGGCGCGCAGCCGAGUUAUGCGGAGAGAGUGGCAUUGCGAGAGAGUGGUAAUUCGGCCAACCAAGACGGGCAACUUGGAUCGCCAAAGAGUUCUCUGAGCCGCACCGGACCGCAGCGAAGACCGACUGGUCCUCGGCCGAAUCCUAGUUCGGGAAAAUACAGCGGCAGCCAAAGCGGAUUUUCCAAUGUGAAAAGACAUCAGUAUCGCGGUAGCCCCAACCAGAUCGAUGAUGAGGAUGACGACUACUAA